AUGGUGGGCCCCUGGAUCCGGCGGCUCCCGCCAGCCUUGCUGCUGUGUCUCCUGGCCAGCCUUCACCAGGUUUCAGCCAAAUGCGAUUUCUUACUCAUCUGCCCGAACGGAUUAAAAUGCUGUGGUGACAGAUGCUGCAAAGAUUAUGAUGUCGUCACCAAACCCUUGAUAGUCAUCAUCUUCUUCGUGUUGAUGCUCUUCAUUUUGUUCGUCGUUGUCCUGGCCAAGUAUCUCCGUGAAAAUUGCAUGCGUUCAGAGGACUCGAGCCCUCCGAUGGCGUAUCUGGAACCAAUCUCAGCCCUGUACUCUAGUGUCUUACCACAGGAAACCAGGAUAUACGCUUCUGAGCUCCCUCCCCCCUACAAUGAGAUUAUGCGGAUGCCCUUUAUGGGCCUGCCUCCCAUAGAACCACCCCCACCGUACAGCGUCAGACCUGAAGAAUAUCCUGGGGUCCAGGAAGGCAUCAUCAACACCACCUUCUGA